AUGACGGAGGUGCCGCGUACGCCCCUUCGUGGCUCGACGAACUCGUCGGAGAAUUCUCACUCCGGGUCACGGCUGGUGGGCCGCCACGAGAACAGGCCUUUUUACUUUCGCAGCUCCCCGUCGGAGCCAUUCUCCACCCAUGCCUCGCGAGAAAAGUCGGAGUCGUCUAUCCUCAGCGCCUCCCUGCUGCUUAGCGCCAUUCGGCUGGGCCUUCGCUACACGGUUUCUGACGUCAUGCGCCGCCCACGCAACUGCAUAAUUGGUGUCGUGGCCGUCCUUCUUCUUACCUUCUUCACCGGCAUUGUUCUGCUGUGCAUCUGGAAGGUGCCGUACAUUCUGCUGCGACUCGCGGAGUUAAGUGUGGGGGAGGUGGACAUGGUCGUUAUGGGUGGCAGCUUCGACAGCCCGUUCAUCAACUACACCGAGAUGAGGCCACGCCUGGAGAGUUCUCCCCAGGUACGCGGCGUCGCCCCGCGCUGGUUCCUUCGCGCAGUCGCCAGUAAGCAGCAACCGGGAUUUGGCCCGCGGACUGUCCGCGAUGUCCUUCCCACGGAAACGGCGCGCGCGAAUGUUCUCAUCAUUGACAGUGAACAGGAGCGGGCCAUCGGUAUUGGACGGUCGUGGAAGCACCGCGACACGGGAUACGCGGAGGCGCAUGUAUUUUACUCCCUUUUGGAAUAUUUGCAGCUUCGUCCAAACCUCGGGGAGCGUAUGAGCAUUCAGGUCUCCCCCCAAUUUCUGCUGCAGGGUCCCUACGCCGGAAACAAGUCCUCGCUGUUUCGUGUCUACAGACCCAAAAAGGUCAAGGACGUGACUUCCUUUUUGCUGCUUCAAUUUUUUAUUAUGAACGGCAUCACAGAGGACUACUUCAGUCUUUUAGAUGUCUUGAACCUGGAAUUUGCCGUGAGCGUCGUGGAUAGCGUCGAGAGUGCAAGUGGAAAGUAUCCAUCGCUUUUUGGCAACGUUGUGGUGAUGGACUACAAGCUGCUUCUGCCCGCCUUUGCCGAGCAGAGGUGCGUGCUUGGGUCGCAGGUCUUCUCGCCCGCCACGGGGUUGACGCUGCCGUCGCUGACCGACCUCCUUGGCGUUCCCGAGAUGUUUGCUCAGUUUAAUCUCCUGGAAAUGGUGCCUGUCCUCGUGGUCGCAAUGAAGGAUCGGCGCAGCAUGUAUUACCUCCCCGAGAAUAGCCGCACGCGGGAGAUGGUGGAGCGCAGCAACGCCAUCAUGCUUCACGGGGUGGGGCUGGACUUCAGCGGCUCCGUGCAGUUUCCCGUGGCCAACAUCCUGGACACCUUUGAGAUGCUCAAGGUCAUGCUUCUCUCCUCGCUCACCUGUGUGGUGGUCGGCAACGUCGCGCUCUGUGCCAUCUUGUUUUACGCCCUCCUCAACACAAACGCGGACGAGCGUCAGUUUGAGCUUGCCAUGAUACGUGCCCAAGGCAUGAACAAGCGGCAACUCUUCGCGCUCCUCAUGACACAGUCGCUUGUCUUCAUUAUCCCCGGUGUGUCCCUCGGGACAGCUCUCCUGGUGGGGGUCAACGCGCUUCUGGAGAAGAUGCUCUCGCGAUUCACGGCUGCGGCUCCGCGCACGAUAUUCGUCCCAUUGAUUCCCAUCUUGUUGGCAGUGGCACUGGGCUUUUUUCUGCCGCUGCUGACAAGUUGUUUCCCGCUUUCACGUGCGCUUGGAGACAGCCUACGCGAUGCGCUUGACGUUCACCGUCAGUUGCAGAAUGAGACGCGGGUGGUGAUGGUCCGGUUGGAGAAACUGGGGAUUACCACCUGGCAGGUGGUCCUCGGUGUCUUUCUCGUUGUCGCAGGGUUUAUUGUCUACUACCUGAUUCCCUUUAGCUUCGUCUUUGGCAACAUGAUGCUGCUCUUCCUGCUGCUGGACUUCGUACUUCUCACGAUGGUGGUGGGGAUUUGCCUCGCCAUGUACGUGGUGGAGCCGUACGUGGAGCAAGGUCUGCUCUGGCUGAUGGUCUGGGGCGGGGAGAAGCGGCUACUGACAAUUGUAAAGAAGAACCUGUACGAUCACCGGCCCCGCAACGCAAAGGCCUUCAUGAUGGUGCUGGUCAGUGUGGCGACGCUCAUCUCCUCCGGUGUGAUGUUUGUGCUGCUCUCCACCGCCUCCGACGACAUGACGCACAUCGUUAACGGCGCCGACAUCACCAUCACCUCGUCGGCGUUUAGUGUGCCUCUCGACGAGCGCGAGCUAAGCGCCUUUCUGGAGCGGCGGCGUGGGGUGUACGUGGAGGAGUGGGCGUACCACAGCUUUCCGCUCCACGAAUACCCGCAAGUGGUGCACCCCUCACGACUAUCGACGGUCAUUGGCAACGGCUACGACAUGCACAUCGUGGCGGUGUCGGAGCGGUUUCUUAGCACCGUCUUUCCAGAGUACAUCAUGGAGGCGGCGCGGGAUGCGCGGUACAAGUACCGGCGGACGCUGGACGGCAAGUACGACCUGGUGCGCAGCAUGUACGAGCACCCGCCUCGGCCCUCCUCCUCGGCCUCCCAAGUCGUUGCGACGGGGAUGCCGUGGGGGUCGACGAUGCCAAACACCUCGGCGAAGAAGGCGUAUAUUGUUCCCGCCCUGCUGGCGUCGUCCAUCCGCGACGAGGUGGGGACCGAGGUGGGGAGCGCCAUGAUACUGGAGUACAAGUACAACGUUGCGGACCUGCUCGUGACGACCAGCUUUGCGGUCGAGCCACGCGGUCUCAUGAAGCGUGUGCCGGGGUUUCCCGACAUCGCGUCGCUCCCCGCCACGCUUCCCAACAGCGAGGUGCUGAUCCCGCAGACGUACUUUACGACGCUGGUGAGUCCCUGGACCAUUGACUACAGCGGGAAGGCCAACAUCACGCUGUCGCCAGGCGCCGUCACGGAGCUGAGGCAGAAGAAACUCUUUGUGCGCUUGCGCAAAGGCAUCAGUGCGGCAGAACGUAUUGCCUUUGUGAACGAGAUUCAGGCACGCUUGAACUUGAUGUAUCACUCGGCCAGCGACACGCAGGCGUUGACGGAGCAGUUGCGGGUCAUCCGCGAGUUCAUCAUGGCUUUCUUCUACUUCACCUCCGUGAUAUGCAUCUCCCUCUGCGCGCUAAUGGUGUGGAUAACUUUUGUGGCAAACGUGCGCCUAAACGCACGAACGUUUGUGCUGCUAGAGGCUGUGGGGUGCCGUAAGUGGGAACUUGCCCGCGCCAUCCUCUACGAGGCCCUCAGCAUCGUCCUUUCCGCCUUUCUGAUCGGCUUAAUUGUGGGUGUGCUCGUGGGCGUGGCGCUGGGACUUCAGCUAGUGGAGCUCAUGGUGCUGCCCUUCCGCUUCAGUUUACCCUACGCGUUGGGCGGUGUGGUUUUUGGCCUCAGCGUCGUCGCCGCAGUGAUUGGCUCCAUGCUGCCCUUCAGUGCAAUUGCCAGGAAGCGCAUCAGUGCGGUGCUAAAGACCGUGUGA